AUGGUAACGACGCAGCUGUUAUUUGUUCAGAAGCCUUCACUCUCCACAGACCGGUCCUACUCUGCCUUCUUGCAUGGAGAGGAAGUCCAGCUCACCUGCACUCUUCCAUCCCGUAUCCUCUGUAAUGCUGUGGAGUUCAUCUUCUAUCUGAAUGGAGACUCCGUCAUGACCGUGACCGUUGGAUCCUCACAGCCCAGGGCUACUUUAACAAAGUUUAAGACGGACGCUUCACACCAGGGCAGUUACAGCUGUCUCUACAGAACCCACUCCAACGGCAAAGCCAUCAGCUCCCCUUACAGCAACGUUACUAAAGUGGUCCUGCUACAGCCCAACAUCUCUCUCAGUCCUCCAAAUGGAGGGAUGUUUUGGGAACCUCAUGGGCCAGAGGUGACCAGGGGCCACAGCUUCUCCAUCAUCUGCUCCAUUCAGCCACAGUAUCCCGGAGGCCUCUUCUAUCUGGACUUCUCUGGUUCCAACAGAACAGAGACUACGCCAGCAGUCAACCACUCUGCCUGCUUCCACUUCCCUGUUGCAGAGUAUAAAGACCAGGGGAAAUACAGCUGCAGCUAUGGAGUCAACAUCUCCACGUGGUCAUUCAGGUCGGCUAAUAGUGAACUAGCUGUCACCAUUAGAGCCUCUAUGGUCCCCAUCAUUGCCUCUGGAGGGACUGGUGGGCUAGCACUCCUGUUUCUGCUUCUGCUUGUCAUCUGUCUAGUCAACAGGAGGACCAGGAGGAGCAGCAAGCCAUCUACAGAGACUGACCAGAGAGAAUGUACUGACAACAGACACAGAGGGGAGGACAACGAAGAGGGAGAGGACUAUGUGACUUUUGAAAACGUCUGUUACGAGAGAGGUCUGGAGAGAGGGAAGAGGGAAAAGAAGAAUGAGGAGGAGAAAGGGCACAGCUGUGGGAAAUCAGAGGAUGUCUAUGACAACGGGGAGGGAAACACUCAAAGAAAGGGUGUUUGUGGGGGGUCUCAUGAAAAAAUGAACAGUGACGAUGAUGAAGAAGUUUACGUUAAUGUCUCCUCUCAGGACAACGCUGUAACACAGGCAGGCGCGUCAGCUGGGUACAGCUCAAGAUAAAAAAAAAAGUAGGCUGCAAAAAAAAAAAAAAGGCUAAAAUCAUUCCAAUCCCGCAUUAAAAUGCAACAGCUGUUUAGCGUAUCGAUUGGCUAGCUUUGGGAACAUGCAGACAUUUGCUUGGCGAGAAGCUGCCAGCCUGUGUACGUUUCUCUCAGCAUUGAGCAGAGACAGAACCCGACAGUUUGCUUGAGGUCAGCUAUCUAGGCUAUUUUGAUGUUGUCAU